AUGGGUUCAAUAAAUGAUGGGAAUGAUUUAGGCGAAGAAGGUUCAAAAAGAAAAUUAAAAAGAGGUCAUUCAGGUGUCAAUCAAUUGGGUGGAAUGUUUGUCAACGGUCGACCUUUACCAGAUACAACACGUCAACGAAUAAUUGAAUUGGCUCAUUCAGGUGCACGUCCAUGUGAUAUUUCACGUAUUCUACAAGUAUCUAACGGUUGUGUAUCAAAGAUAUUAUGUCGGUAUUAUGAGACUGGAUCGAUUAGACCAAAAGCAAUCGGUGGUAGUAAACCGCGUGUAGCAACAAGUGCUGUUGUAACAAAAAUUGACAUUUAUAAACGUGAAUGUCCAUCAAUAUUUGCUUGGGAAAUACGUGAUCGAUUAUUGCAAGAGGGUGUCUGUACACCGGAUAAUAUACCUAGUGUUUCUUCUAUCAACCGUGUGCUGCGUAAUUUAUCCAAUGAAUCACAAAGACAGCUGUCAUCUGCCGCGGCAGCCGCCGCUGUCGCCGCAGCAGCUGUAGCUGCCCAAGCAGCCGCCCAUCGGAACUGUGUAAAUAAUUCGAAUUCGGGAAUUAGCCUGUCCAAUUCAAAUCAUUGUCUUGCAACACAGAAUUAUUUAUCUAAUAUGAAGUGUGAUUUACACGGUCUAACAAAGUCAUUUAUGCCAUCUGUGUUCAAUUUCCCGCCAUACAAUAGACCAAAUAAUAAUAAUAAUAGUAAUAAUAACAACACUAAUAAUAAUAACAAUAAUGGUAGCAAUAAUCUAUUUUCAAUGCCACCUUCAAUUCCACCAUUUUAUCCUCAGCAAAGUUCAAACUUGAACAGACAUCCUUCUAGUUGUUUUAAUGAACAAAAUGUAAUUGAAUCAUGUUCAAAUGUACCACAGAAACCACAUGCACAUUCAAAUAAUCCACUUUAUCAUACUCACAGUCAAACGAAUCAUUCACCGAUAAUAUCAAGUUAUUUUCAAACAGGGACUAGUGGUAACAAACCUAUAUCAUCGAAUAUAAAUCCUAAUACUAGUAAUAAUUCACAAGAAACACGUUCAGCUUAUGAUAAAUUUAAUAAUUUAUUUAUAUCUGCUGCCUCAAGUACCGCACAGGAUUCAUGGGCACAAGCAUGGUAUUCGGCUGCUGCCGCGGCAUCAGCCAAUAGCGUUUAUUCUAAUUUAUACUCAUCGUCAAACAGUACAAGUCAUAAAAACGAAUGCCCACAAGACAGACAAUUCUCUCCACCGUUGAACUAUUUAAAUCAGUGCAGAUUUUCAGGGAUUUACCAGAAUCUUGAAAAUGCUGUCAUCAAUUCAGUUAGUGAUAAUAACAAUGCCAUUAAUAAUAACAAUUUUGAUAUCAGGUGUUCAGAAGAAUCACAGCAACUACACCAGGAAAAAUUGCCUAUUUUACCCCAACAAUCAGCAAACAAUCCAAUCUCAACAUAUAGCAGCAAUAAUACUGGUAAUAUCACUAGUAAUUCGCCUAUUCAUCAAUCUAUUUUACCCUGUCAGUAUGAUACAAAGAUGGACUCCAACUGGUCAUCAUUAGGCCGUCAACAUCCUCAUCCACAUCACCAUGUACACCAGUCACAACCGUCUGAAAAUAAUCAAAGACUUCACGAUAGUCUAUUGAAAUUUGAGACAGAAGAAUUCAAACAAUUAGUAUCUUCGAUAGAUGAGAAAGAUAAGCUGGAUAGACAAAGGAGGAAAUUCCCAAUUAAUUCAUUGUUCACUUAUGAAAAUUUAAGUAGUAUGCGAGAACAGGCUGAAAAUUUUAUUCAGCUACGUAAUGAUGGUGAUACAGUUAACACAAAUUUACAUCAUUAUUUAAUUAGUAGAGAUAUGCAUAGGAUGGAUACACAUGGAUUUACACAUAUACACGAAGAAGAUCAGCGAAUGCACGAAUUAGGCUUCAGUCAUGAAUCUCCGUGUAAUAAUGAAAGUCGAAUAAAUCAGUCAGUUUCAUCCGCAUCUAUGAAAAAUGUCAACAUGAACUUAAAAAUAAAUUUAUACUCAAAUGAAACACCGACUAUAAAAGAAGAGAAAGGAAGUAGUGGCACAAGCUUUUUGUGUAAAAAUUCCAUGGGUGAAAAUCGUACUUCGUAUGGAGAGAGUCAUAUAGAGGCAAUCAUUUACUUGCAGCAAGAGAAACACCUUCAAUAUUUUUUACAAGAGAAUUCAAUGAUAAUUUAA